AUGCUCCGGCGAUUUCAAAUUUAUGGCGGGCGGAACAUCGGUAUAUCUUCGCUCGCCGAGUUCCACGGCUUCGCGGUCGGAGGGUCCCGAGGGGUCCCCACGGGAGGGACCAUGACUCGAUGGGGUUCUCUUGAGUCUCUCCUACUCACGAGUCAGACUGACAUCACCCAAAUCUCCAACUCAACAAUUGCCUCAAGGACACGACAUCGACUCACGAGCAAGCUUGGUGUCCGCACGACACGACUCAAACAACAUUACAUAGCUGCAAUGAGGACCCUCCUUGAAAGCGUGAUCAAUCUCAAAACUCAUCUCAAUUUAUCUGCUAACUCGCCCAUCCGCAGGUCCCACAUCGCUUCCCAACAGACCUUCAGGCUUAAUCACACUAUGUUCCGAAUCAAGGAUCCAAAAAUCAGCCUGGAAUUCUACCAAGAUAUUUUGGGAAUGAAAUUAUUACACAAAAUGGAAGUCGAAUCUGCUAAAUUUACAAACUACUUCUUAGGUUUCCCUGGUUCCAACCAAGAUUCGAAAUCUUCGAGUCCACUCCACCGCGAAGGAGUUGUAGAGUUGUGUCACAAUUGGGGGACCGAAUCCGAUCCUGACUUUUCCGGUUAUCAUAACGGAAAUAAAUCUCCGCAAGGAUUUGGACACAUCGCGAUCACUUGCGACGAUGUUGAAAAGACCUGUGCUUACUUGGAAGAAAAGCAAGUUAAAUUCCAAAAGAGAUUGAAGGAUGGUUCGAUGAAAGAAAUCGCUUUCAUCCAGGAUCCUGAUGGCUAUUGGAUCGAAAUCCUCGGAAACACCUUUUUCGACUGA